GGAGCCGCGCGGAGGGGGGCGGGCCCUGGGAGCCGAUUAAGCCGCCGCGUGCCCCAGGGGUUCGCAGCAGAACCGAGCCGAGCCGAGCCAGAUUAGCGUCGCGGCCCGAUCGUGCUUCCCGUGAUUCAAAUGGGGGAAACUGAGGCACGAGGCGAGACCGCCGCGGUCCAGUGCUCCAGCAACCAUGGCAGAGACUUUCCUCGUUGAGAGCCCCGAUGUGACCUACAGCAAGGACUACAUUGAGGCCAAGUACAUGUACAGCACCGUGCACGUGAGCAGGGAGGACGGCGUCACCAAGGUGAAGCCGCACUUGACCGAGUUCACCUUCCGCACGGAGAGGCAGGUCCCCCGCCUGGGGGUGAUGCUGGUGGGAUGGGGCGGUAACAACGGCACCACGGUGACGGCGGCCGUGCUGGCCAACAGGUUGGGCCUCUCCUGGAUGACCAAGACCGGACGGAAGCACGCCAACUACUACGGCUCCUUGCUGCAAGCGUCCACCGUCUGCCUGGGAACCGGCCCCACGGGCGACGUCUAUGUGCCCUUCCGGGACCUGCUGCCCAUGGUGCACCCUAAUGACCUCGUCUUUGAUGGCUGGGACGUCUCCUCCCUGAACUUGGCUGAGGCCAUGAGACGGGCCAAGGUCCUCGACUGGCAGCUGCAGGAGCAGCUCUGGCCCCACAUGGUGAAGAUGAAGCCCCGCCCCUCCAUCUACAUCCCGGGAUUCAUUGCAGCCAAUCAGGAGGAGCGAGCCGACAAUGUCCUCCAUGGGACGAAGGCUGAGCAGGUGGCGCAGAUCCGCAGGGACAUCCAGGAGUUCAAGGUCACCAGCGGAGUGGACAAGGUCGUGGUCCUGUGGACGGCUAACACUGAGCGCUUCUGCGACGUGCUGCCGGGGGUCAACGACACAGCUGCCAACCUGCUGCAGGCCAUCGAGCGAGGCCUCGAGGUGUCUCCCUCCACGCUCUUUGCCGUGGCCAGCAUCCUGGAGGGCUGCGCCUACAUCAACGGCUCCCCCCAGAACACCUUUGUGCCAGGCGCCGUGGAGCUUGCCCUGCAGCGCCGUGUCUUCAUCUGCGGAGACGACUUCAAGUCCGGCCAGACCAAGCUCAAGUCGGUGCUGGUGGAUUUCCUGGUCAGCGCCGGCCUCAAGACCGUGUCCAUCGUCAGCUACAACCACCUGGGUAACAACGACGGGAAGAACCUGUCGGCCCCGCAGCAGUUCCGCUCCAAGGAGGUCUCCAAGAGCAACGUGGUGGACGACAUGGUGCAGUCGAACCCCCUGCUCUACGGGCCCCAGGAGAAGCCCGAUCACUGUGUGGUGAUUAAGUACGUGCCCUACGUGGGCGACAGCAAGCGGGCGCUGGACGAGUACACCUCGGAGAUCAUGAUGGGCGGCACCAACACCAUCGUCCUACACAACACCUGCGAGGACUCCCUGCUGGCCAGCCCCAUCAUCCUGGACCUGGCCAUCCUGACCGAGCUUUGCCAACGCAUCAGCUUCCGCACAGAGAGCGACCCAGACUUCCAGGGUUUCCACAGCGUCCUGUCCAUCCUGGGCUUCCUGUGCAAGGCACCCCUGGUGCCCGAGGGCUCCCCCGUCGUCAACGCCCUCUUCCGGCAGAGGAGCUGCAUUGAGAACAUCCUGAGGGCCUGUGUGGGGCUGCCCCCCCAGAACCACAUGCUGCUGGAGCACAAGAUGCAGCGGCCGUGUCCGAGUCUGAAGCGAGCGCGUCUGGCCGAGUGUCCCGUCUCCCACAAGAGGGCAGCUGCCCAGGUGAAUGGCUACCUGUGCCCAGCCAGUAACGGGCACGGCACCUCGCCGGCCCAGCUGCACGUUGACAACUAGGGCCCUGCCCCAUGGCCAUGACGACCCCCAGCUCCCAGGGGAGUAUGGGCUGAGACAUGGGGGCAGAACGGCCACAGCUCAAGAGGGGCCGUGGUCAACCUGAAGGGAGACAGGAGCAGUGCUUCCCCCAUGGCCCAUUGGGGGGGCUGUAUUCUGUAGGGGGAUUCUUAGUUUGAAUUAAUUUGGGGGCACGAGGAGCCCCCCCCACCACCACCACCCAGGCUCCACUGACAGUAACUGGAAGCUGUGAAUGUUUUUCUGGAAUAAAGUGGGAGCAUGCAAGUCA